AGAGCGGAAGUCUCUCCUCUGCGUAUUGAUUCUAGUUUGAAGGUGGUGCGCAUCUCACCGACCGGGAAUACCGAUUUCUGAACAUUUCGGCCUUUUUCCCCGCUGCACCGAAAGCUGUGUUUUCCUGCGAGCUGCUGCAAAUGGGAGCGUGUUGCAUUUGCGUGGCGGGGUUCUAGUGACAGAUUAUAUCUGGCAGUAUUAUGACAAACGGAGAUGACACACAUCCAGAAGGAGCCGUGUUUGUUUUGUAUGGCGAAAUGAGGCAGGGGGUGGAGAGUCGCCACAGAGACGCUGGGCUCCGGCCAAACAUCUCCGCAUUUUAGCCCUUAUUCGAUGCUCGGGAUCUGCAUUGCAUUGCAUUUGCUGCAUCGUUGAUCGGCCGUUUUUUUUCUGCAAAGUGCAUGGUGGAAAAUGCAGCUUGUUUGAGGACACCCCCCUCCACAUAUCCAUUGCUGCCAUGAUAGGCAGAGGUCUCCUCUCGUCCGCGGCUCGGCCGGUUGGAGAACAGGCAGAUUGAUUCGGGACGGUGGGUUGCAUCUGCGGAUGUUAUUCUGUCUGGAGCCUGUAAAUAACAUCCGCGCAAACACACCGUGAUUGUCACUCAGGGAAAGAGGAGAGAGGAAACAACAUGUCUUCUCGGUCUGCAUUACCGUCUGGAAACGACAGGAGUACUGGAGACCAUCAUGUUUCGCUGGGGGCCAGCCGCUCAGACAAGGCCACCAGCCAGUCCAGCCGCUCGCUGGGCGCCCGGUGCAGGAACUCCAUCGCCUCCUGCUCCGACGAGCAGCCGCACAUCGGCAACUACCGCCUGCUCAAGACCAUCGGCAAGGGAAACUUUGCCAAGGUUAAGCUGGCCCGCCACAUCCUGACGGGCAGGGAGGUUGCAAUAAAAAUCAUUGACAAAACUCAGUUGAACCCAACCAGCCUACAAAAGCUCUUUCGGGAGGUACGAAUAAUGAAAGGCUUGAAUCACCCUAACAUAGUGCAGCUGUUCGAGGUGAUUGAGACUGAUAAGACCCUUUACCUAAUCAUGGAGUAUGCCAGUGGAGGUGAAGUGUUUGACUACCUCGUGUCUCAUGGGAGAAUGAAGGAGGUUGAAGCCAGAGCCAAAUUUCGACAGAUUGUUUCCGCUGUCCACUACUGCCACACGAAGAACAUUGUCCACAGAGAUUUGAAGGCGGAGAACCUUCUGCUGGAUGCCGACGCCAACAUCAAGAUCGCCGACUUUGGCUUCAGCAACGAGUUCACGCUGGGCAACAAGCUGGACACGUUCUGUGGCUCGCCGCCCUACGCUGCCCCUGAGCUUUUCCAGGGCAAGAAGUAUGAUGGGCCCGAGGUGGACGUCUGGAGUCUCGGGGUCAUCCUAUACACGCUGGUCAGCGGCUCGCUGCCCUUUGAUGGGCAGAACCUGAAGGAGCUGAGGGAGCGUGUGCUGAGGGGAAAGUACCGCGUGCCCUUCUAUAUGUCCACAGACUGUGAGGGGAUCCUUCGCAGAUUCCUGGUGCUCAACCCCAGCAAACGCUGCACCCUAGACCAAGUCAUGAAGGACAAGUGGAUAAAUUCAGGGUAUGAGGGGGACGACCUGAAGCCCCAUAUAGAACCUGUUGAAGACUUCAGUGAUCCAGCUCGUAUAGAGGUGAUGGUGGGGAUGGGCUUCACUUCAGAGGAAAUCAAGGACUCUCUGCUCAAUCAGAAAUACAAUGAAGUCACAGCCACCUACUUACUGCUGGGCCGCAAAGGAGACGAGGGCAGUGAGGCUCGCACAGCUAGUAGCCUGUCCCUGGCGAGGGUACGACCCAGCCCCAUCACCAACGGGACCAACAAGCACUCCUCAGCCACCGGCUCCUCCUCCUCCUCCACCUCCUCCUCGCAUAGCAAGACCCAGCGCAGUGCCUCCACCUACCACAGGCAGCGACGGCACAGCGACUUCUGCGGGCCUUCCAUGCCCGUCAUGCACCCCAAGCGGAGCCCCACUAGCACGGGCGACCGUGAGCUGCGGGAGGGACGGAUGCCUUCACGUAAGGCCAGCUGCAGCGUGAUGGGGAGCCACAGCCUCCCUCCCUCUAGCCCCAUGGUCAGCAGUGCCAACAACCCCAACAAGUCUGAGAUCCCAGACCGCCGCAAAGACAUGACCGCCACCACGAAUAACAUCCCUGGAAGCGCCAUGACACGCAGGAAUACAUAUGUGUGCACUGAUCGCUCAGGCGCUGACAGACACUCUCUCCUGCAGAACGGCAAAGACAACAGCUCCCUGGGCCACCGCUUGCCUGCAGCGUCUCCCUCCACGCUCAGCAUUUCCGGCGCCGGAGCUGCCUCCUCCUCUUCUUCUUCGGACCGAUGCCGCCUGACCCGAGGCUCCACCAUCCGCAGCACCUUUCACGGGGGACAGCUUAGGGACCGUGGGCCCCCGGUCUACUCGGCCCCGCCAACUUCACCCACCUUGUCCCACCAUGACACCAGUCCUCUGCCCCAUGCCCGCACCAGGGCAACCUCCAACCUCUUCACCAAGCUGACCUCCAAACUCACUCGCAGGGUCACAAAUGAAUCUGAGGGAAUCAGGAGAUUUGCGGUCACAAGUUGCCAUCUACCUGGGUAUCAAAAAGCGUCCGAGCCCCGGGCCGUCGGACGUGGCUGGGAUCUGAGGGGCGGUGGGCGGCGGGACCCUGCGGAGGUGGUUCUGGCUCUGCGGGAGGCGGCGCUCGGAUGUGGCUGCCAAGUCCACCAUGCCGGCCCCUUUCUGCUCUCCUGCACCCACGGCGUGGCAGGGGGCCGCGUGGCUUUCGAGGCCGAGGUGUGCCAUCUUUCCACGGGCACCUCUGAGACUUCUAACGGGGUGCGCUACACGCGACUCUGGGGGACACCGCUAGCUUUUCGGGACAUUGCCACCCAAAUCUCUAAGGACCUUGAACUUUGAACAGAGGGUGUGUUUGCGUACAAGUGUGUGUUUUUGUGUGAGUGAGUGUUGAUGUGUGUGCGCAAAGAAGGGAGGGGGGGUGGAAAUAAUUGGAGAAAAAAAUAGCAAAAAUAGAGAAGGGGCGAGGGGCUGGACCCAAGAGAAAAGACUUCUCCUUCUGUCUCUUUCAUGACUACCCCCCCUGCACACACACACACACACACA